AGAUGAAAAUAAAAGAAGAAAAAGAUGUUACUCUUCUUUGAAGAAUAUUCGAUUGGCAGAUUCUCGCCAGGUGAUUCCCUUCACCCCUCGAGAGAAGAAAUUCGUCGUGUUAAAUAGAUAGAAUACGUUGCCGGUUGGUUGGUUGGUUGGUUGGUCGGUCGGUUGGGCUCAUCGUAUAAAUGAAGUGGAAAUAACAGCGCAGCAGGCAGUUACUAUUUAGCAGUCGUUCAAAAGUAAUCAAGAAAGUGUGAUCCAUUUGAAAUUUGUUAAAUAUAUUGAAAGAAGACAAAAUAAUGUCUCUGAUACCAUUAAUUUUUUCCAAUUGGUGGGAGGAUUUGGAACGUCCUCAUCGUCUGUUCGAUCAAAAUUUUGGAGUUGGACUUUAUCCCGAUCAAUUAUUAGAUCCAACGGUUCAAGAAGAAUUUUUGCGAAUGCCAACCUUAGAAAGAAGGAUGAAACCAUUAUUCUAUUAUAGACCAUGGGCCGAAUUAUUGCGUAGAGGUAGCAACGUCAACGAGGGUACGUCAACGGUUAAAGCUGAUAAAGAUAAAUUUCAAGUGGUUUUGGAUGUAAAACAGUUCAAACCUGAUGAAAUAAACGUCAAGGUUACUGACAAAUAUGUCGUCGUUGAAGCCAAACACGAAGAACAGAAGGAUGAACAUGGUUGGAUAUCGAGACAGUUUACUAGAAAAUAUAUGAUUCCUGAACAAUGUGACAUUGAUCAGGUAUCAUCCAGUUUAUCUUCUGAUGGUGUUCUCAGUAUUACUGCACCGAGGAAGGAAAAAAUGAUUAAGGAAAAGAAUGAACGUAAAAUAAAGAUUGAACAAACUGGUAAGCCGGCUAUUCUAGAAAAACAAGCAGAAAAGAAAGAAGAGAAGGAAGAACCGAAGAAGGAAGAACCGAAGAAGGAAGAAUCCAAGAAGGAAGAGCCUAAGAAAGUGGAAUCAAAAAAAAUGGAACCUAAGAAAGAGGAAUGUAAAAAGGAAGAAUGUAAGAAAGAAGAAUGCAAAAGAGACGAAUGUAAAAAAGAAGAAUCUAAGAAAGAAAAGAAAUGAGAAUUUACAUGUUUUUGUUUUUUUUUAUUAACAAUCAGAAUAUGUCGUUUUUCAUUAAUCGUUACUUUCAAUAUUAUAUAUAUUACAUUUUUUCAUAAUCUUUUUACUUGUAAAUAAAGUUAAUAUCGAAUAAACGUACCUUAUUAACUUAA